AUGGCGAAAAGAUUCGCGGAACGGCGCUAUUCGACGGCGCUGCGGGCGCUGGCAUACUUGACAGCAAGUGGUUCGAACACACGAAGACGAAGGCUGGGCGAGGCGAGCAUCUCCCGGCUGCAGAAGCGGUUGCGGAUGGCGAAUGGGGAGAUUGUGACGUCAGAUGCCCAUUGGGAAGGAACGGUCGACGUCGGCGGGUCCGGUGCGGGGCGAGUUCGAAGUGAUGGACUCGGGAGGCGCGUGGGAAUCCUAAUUGGCAAGCCAAUCUUGCGAUUGCUUAACGCCGUGCAAGACUUCGCGGGGGACACGGUGCAGGUCUCAGAUGGGAGUAGAGCGGUCCUGCUCAAGAACGGUGGGGUGAUGACAAAGAUCGGGCAGAGACCGAGGCGAGGAGCCUCUGUGGGGGACGCAUUGUCCGCAAUCUCCCCCGCGAGGCGAGUACCUUCUCCGAACCUGUGCGAGCUUGAUGAUCCAGCUUGGACAGCGAUAGCGGAAAUACGCACUGCAGACCACAAGAUGGAUAAGGUGGCCACACGAGUGACCCUCCCGGGGGACGUGUUGUCCGCAACCUCCCCCCCGAGGCGAGUAGAGAGCACUGCUUGUCAACCUCGAGAGAGCACUGACCACGUUGCGAGGGGCGGGAACAGGACCAAGAUCUGA